CACACACACAUACACACACAUACACACACACACGCACGCACGCGCGCACACACCGAGAUCUUCCGCAUUGAACAUCUGCUAAUUAAUUAACUUUAGGACACAGUGCCAAGGAAUUGACUCUGGCUCGGGUGUGGAAAAAAAAAAACAACCCCUCCCCACACACACACACAUUCGGAACCGAAAGAGAAAGUAGAAGUGACUCAGUCAUGUAAUACCUUACGCUUUUAAAUGACAAGCAGUCUCCGAGCCGACCUGAAAGCAGUUCCACACACUUCCUGAUCUUCUCAGUUGUCAGCGACUGCACUUGACAAAUAAACACAACAGACAGUAUGGAUACAGCGAGAUCUACUCAUAAAACGGAUAAGAAAAGAUCCAUUAAGAGAGCGAGGAGUCCCACACGAUUCACUCGGCCAUUUUCUCGAGGGAGAUAUCAGUGUGCUCGCUACUAUUACAGGCCGAGAGAGGACUACUUUUCACGGCGGCCUGGUUUUAGCUUCAGGCUCCACAGGUUCCAGAGACCCUCCAGUCUUCGGCUUCCGUCUAGAUCUCGGAGCCCGAGUAUUGUGCAGAGACACAAAAAUGUGCAUUCAUCAAACCAGCACUUGGAAAAGAAGUCAGAGAAGAGCACUUCCACUCCACUGCAGGACAAGAAGCCAUUCAACACACCAGAACGCUCCCGGUCAUCUUCAGUGGCUUCUGAGAGGCCUGCCCUAUCAUUUACAGUCAAUCAGGAAGAGCAGAACAGUAGUGGCAGGGAGUCUCUGUCUUCUGUAAGACGUGCAGCUGCCAGAAGUCGAGCCAUCCAGAGAAAGAGAGAGGAGAUAGAGGAGGUGUAUCGGCAGGACUGCGACACGUUUGGGGUGGUGGUAAAAAUGCUCGUGGCGAAAGAUCCUUCACUGGAGAGAUCCAUACAAUCUUCGUUGAGGGAGAACCUGCAUGAGAUCGGCCUGCGCUGUGUAGAAGCCAUGGAGCAGUUUAUCAAUGAGUAUGACUCGAGAGAGCUUGGCACACCAUCCCAGUCCCAGCGUCACUGACACACACACACACACACACACACACAUGCAUGUCCAGCUGUACAUUCUGAGGCUAUACUGCGAGGUUUCACUGGGAAUGCAUUCCUAAGUGAAGGUCUGAGACUUUAGGUGCACCACAGGAUGAUGACUUUGUAAAGCAGUGCCAUUGGAAUAGUACAUUCUUCAGCCACAUCUACAUGAAGGGAGCACAUCUGUAAGGAUCAAAUGUGCUAAAUGUGGUAAAUAAGUGCAGCAGCAUUUUAACUAUUCUCUCCAAAGCUAGUGUUAGAGUGCCAUAGCUUUAGGGACAAAUCUGUAUUAAAGAAGAUCUGCUUGCUAAACCAAUCAAAAUAAGCCUCCUUCCUAAUGUGGUGUAAAAGCCUAAAUGGCUCUGAUUUUACUACUGUUUUUUAACAUUAUGAUCUUAUGUUCACUAAAUAUGAAUAAACCUGAGGCAGAUGGUGAAAUGCCUCAGUAAACAAUUUCUGCGUGCUUUAUAUGUGUUAUAUGUUUAUUUUAUGUAGUUUAUUUCUCCAAAAGACUUGAUUACUUCCUAAUUAUUUCCAUUGGUCCUCAAUGGUAUGAAGUUCUCGUUAUAAAAGAACGCUUGUUGUGGAAGGUAGAUGUUUUUAGGGCUCCACAUGAAAUACUUGAAAUGUGUGCAAAAUUGGAAAGAGAUGUUUACUGUAAAAAUCUAAAUAAAAGUAGAUGAGGUUGCACAGUUAAUAUUGCCAUUGCACAACAUUUUCAGUGAACCCUUUCACCUAUCAAUGUUCUCAUUUCUGUGUACAUUAAUGUUAAAAAGCUUGUGUGCGUAUAAUGCAGUUUUUAUGCUUUGUGUCUGACCACUAGGAUAUUACCAUAAAGACAAAAUAUUGUUAAUCGGAAUAUGACUACAAACCACCUAUAGUGAACAUGUUAUAUUUCUACAGUUCACACUGAUUUGAUUUACAUGACAGAUGUCAUCAAGCUCCUUCUAAACUUUUCCACGUGUUUUGGGACAGCCCUGCCAUCAGGUUUUUUUGGUAGUCAAUAUGUGAAUGCUUCUAAAGCAUUUUUAACAAAAUCCUUAAGCCAUGUCGUCUGCCUCACAAUCCUGUGUAAUAGCUUUCUCUACCCACUUAGCCAGGCAUCUUAUUUUACUCCAGUGGAAACAUGCUACUCCUCCAUCUUAUGAUUAUUGGCUUUUGUUGCCUAUAUUCUCUAUUUGGAGAAAAAUAUGCAUUUGCUAACACCUGACACACAAGUCUUUUUUCAUUUAAGUAAAUUAUUCUAAAGGUUUUUUAAUGUUACAUUAACGGUAACAUUCCUUAAUAUAUGAGUUUCCCCUGUAUUGUUGAUAACUAUAUACUGUAAAUUAUUUAGCUAUUUCUGGUCAAUAUACAGACAUGUAUACAUACACGCAUAGCUUAUUUGUAGUAAAAAUAGAUUGAUGAAAUGUUUGUGGUAGCUGCUGACAAGUACAAAUUACUGUAUAUAUUAUGAUUAUUGUAUAUUAUUAUAGUAAUGUAUUCUAUAAAAAAUAAACUCGAAUGUCUUUUACUUUAGACAGCACUUGUAUAAGAUCCUGUCACAUCUUUGUCAAUCCAAUAAAUCAUCUGAACCAGUCCAGCCAUGACACAUCCAUAAAGCUACAUUCAACCUCAAAAUCCACCCAUCCAUAUGGAAAGAAAUAAAGACUUAAGUUUAUUGAUAAUUGAAAUAUUAUUUAAUUCAGAUACAAGACAUGAACUGGGGAUACAUGCAGUUACCGCUCUACAAUAUGAUACAAAUAAUGCUUCUGAGGAUACAAAAUAUAGAAAUAUUUAAGACUAUAUUUACAUAACAUUUACAAUACUACAGCCAUGACUUAUAUUACUUUUGAAAAUCACUGUACAUACAUGUAAUUUAAAGAUAACAUUAUUAAAAUGUGGACUUUGGGGGGAAAAAAUGUAUAUUGCAUUUAAAACAGGACUAUACCAAACAUUGCUAUUCUCAAAAGCAAAGGUAAGUUAUUUUAAUAUGUCAUUGAUAGAACAGGGUGCAAGCAAUUAGAACAAUGGAAACA